UAGAUACCAUAUCGCCUUUGCUUGUACUGUAGAUACCAUAUCUCCUAUACUCGUACUGUAGAUCUGUUUGUGUCCACUACCUACAGUACCUUCCGUCCACAGUGGAGAAUAAACUGGAGGAUAAUCUUCUACAGAAACCGAUGGAGGUUUAUAAAAACGCUGAGGCGUUUGAACAGUCAAGAGAAUAGAGAAUAGACCAAGUUCCUGAAGCUGUUGGUGUGAGAUGAAGAUGUAACUGCUGAUGCUAGUGCUGUAAAUGACUAACGUGCUGUGGGUGUUUGUGUUGGUGCUGGGUGGGUUGUGGUCAGAGAGAGUGGCAGGGGGUGCGGUCCUAGAGAGGUUCAAGGAGAGACUGACAAACGGUAGGGAUGUGGGGGGUCGACUCGUUAAGUACAGGGAGGGGCAUGAACCCAGAGGGAACUUGAGGAUGCAGAAUCACAGGCUAGUCGAGUUUAAAAUACCAGACAAGGACAAACACAAUGCGGGACUUGAGGAUGGAGAUGGCGUACAGACUUACAGUAGAGCUGGCAUACCAAAGGAUGACAUGUUUGAAGAACAGUUGAUGGUAAGAGGUGCCGACGGAAAAUAUGCAACAGAUACAGAGAGGACAGUAUUUUAUAAAAAGGAACCUGGAAAUAAUUACAGAGACCAGUCAAGAAGAAGUGACGGGUCAAACCAUAAAAUAUUGAGCGAUUACAAACGACGAAAUAAUAAAAGGGCCGAAAAGAAUAAAUUAAAUCAAAGAACGGUAAAAAAUAGAAUUGGGAACGUUUCAGAUGGGAAUUAUUUCCAAAAGGACUUUGACAUAGAGACGGCAUUUCACUGAGAGUGGCAACCUCCUCGAAUUCAGAGCUAGAAAAGAUUACAGCUCAUCGGAAACAACAGCAAAUCCAAGCCAACGACGGAAAGAAUAUUUAUGGACAAGAGAUGAGGAAACACCAGGAGGAGUUAGAAACGUGCUAUCUGACCAGCCUUCGCCGGAGUGUAUCAGUGCUCCAAAAGACGACUCCACCAUCCAUGCUGCUGUGAUCCUUCCAAACUCUACGGAAUACAUUAUGGCGCUCCAGAAGGUGAUGCCGGUCUUGCGACUCGCCCAAGAGGAAGUACGCAGGAGACAACUCCUCCCAAAGGAUCUGAAAUUCCAGUUCCUGCCGUGGGACGACCGCUGCGACGCCGUGUACGCCCAAAUUGCCACUUUUGAGGCGGUCAAGAAAGACGUUCAUGUAUUCUUCGGGCCCGCAUGCGAGUAUAGUGUAGCCCCGGUGGCAAGGAUGAUCAAGUUCUGGGGGAUACCCCUGCUCACCACAGGCGCCCUCACCUUUGACUUCUCCCGAGAUAAGCGCACCCCCGACACCGAGUACCAUCUACUCUUACGAGCUGGCCUGCUCAGCUACCGCGACCUCGCGUUCUUCCUCAUCGCUCUUCUCGACCGGUACGGCUGGCGAAAGGUGAUGCUCGUGUACGACAAGGACGGGUGCCGCCAGAUAUCGGGGAAACACACGUGCAAGCUGAUGAUGGAGACGCUGGUGGAGUUUUUCAAGCGACAGGGCUUCAACUACGGCAGCUACGACUUGGAGAAGAACGCAGCCGAUGGCCUUGCGAACAACCUGCGGAGGGAGAUGGGGUACCAGUAUAACAUUGUGGUGGUGUGUGCUGAUCCGUUGACUGUACGAGAGAUUAUGUUGGCUGCCGAUGAACUCAACAUGGUGGACAGUGGAGAAUAUGUCUUCUUUAACAUCGAACUGUUCAACAGCAUGAACCGACAUAACCCCUGGUAUGUCAAGGGGGAUACGGACGAACGUAACGCCAGGGCUAGGAAAGCGUACACGGCACUACUUACAGUUACCGCCAGAACACCUAAUAACGAAGCCUACAGGAAUUUCAGUUACGAGGUCAAGCGGCUUGCUGAGGAAGAAUUUAACUUUACGUUCGGUUCCGUCAGCACGUUUGUGACUGCCUUCUACGACGCCGUGCUGCUGUAUUCGGUGGCGCUGAACGAAACCCUGCAGUCAGGCGGGAGUCAGCGAGACGGCCUCAGCAUCACUCGCCGCAUGUGGAAUCGAACCUUUGAAGGCAUAACAGGAGAUGUAAACAUAGAUGCAAAUGGUGACCGAAUUGCAGACUACUCACUGCUGGAUAUGGACCCAGAGACUGCUGAAUUUAAGGUUGUAGCCAACUACAUUGGACUGAAGCACUCUCUAGAGUACGUACCGAACACGAGGAUACACUGGGCAGGCGGGCGCCAGAACCCCCCUCCGGACACCCCUCUCUGUGGUUUCGACAACUCCUUGUGCAAGACAAUGCCGGGCUACGCGAUACUCAGUAUUGUCCUCAGUUCUGUUGUUGUUGUAUUGGCCAUCGCAUCAGUAUUCAUCUACAGGCACUACAAGCUAGAGGCAGAGAUCGCUUCCAUGACAUGGAGGGUGAACUAUCGUGACAUAGUGAGAGUACCGCCCGGCAAACUUCGCGGCAGUGUGUACAGCCUAGUGCGGCGCAGCAGUCAGUGUACCGCGUUCUCAGAAGACGCCAUGAGCGUAUGUGACAUGGGACGUCAGGUGUUCGUUCCUACAGCCUUCUAUAAGGGGAAUAAAGUCGCCAUCAAGAGUGUCAAGAAAGCCCGCAUAGAGCUGUCAAGGCCGCUCUUGCUGGAGUUGAAGAGGAUGAAGGACCUCCACCAUGACCACUUAGUGCGCUUCUACGGUGCCUGUAUAGACCAACCCGACUGUUUCCUGCUCACGGAGUAUUGCCCAAAAGGCAGCCUCCAAGAUAUCCUGGAGAACGACCAGUUCAAGCUGGACUGGAUGUUUCGAUACAGCCUCAUGCACGACAUAGUCAAGGGCAUGAGCUACCUGCACGCCAGUGAGAUCAAGUCUCACGGAUCUCUCAAGUCCUCCAACUGUGUGGUCGACAGCAGGUUUGUACUGAAAAUCGCAGAUUUCGGUCUGAGAUCCUUGAGGCACGGCGAUGACUCCUGCAGUGGCAGUGAUUCGUACGCCUUCUGGAGAAAGUUGCUGUGGACAGCACCAGAACUGCUGAGACAGAGACACCCCCCUCCAGAGGGCACACAGAAGGGAGAUGUAUAUUCCUUCGCUAUCAUCGUUCACGAGAUAGUCACUAGGCAAGGACCCUUCUACGUCGGUGACCUGCCGCUGGGACCUAAGGAAAUCGUGGAGGGAGUGAGGAACGGACAGAAGUGCUUGCGGCCGACCACGGAGUUGUCGUGCGAGGAAGAGGUGACGAGUCUCAUGAAGCGUUGCUGGGCGGAGGACCCCGCAGACAGGCCAGACUUCACCUCUCUGAAGGCGACUAUACGGAGGCUCAACAAAGAUAAUGAAAGCAACAAUAUCUUGGACAACUUACUGACGCGGAUGGAACAGUAUGCCAAUAACCUGGAAGCCCUAGUAGAGGAGCGCACGGCCGAUUACUUGGAGGAGAAGAGAAAGUGUGAAGAACUCCUGUACCAACUACUACCCAAGUCUGUAGCCAGUCAGUUGAUCCUGGGGCAGUCAGUGGUGGCCGAAACCUAUGAUCACGUCACCAUCUACUUUAGCGACAUCGUUGGCUUCACUUCCUUGAGCGCCGAGAGCACGCCUCUUCAGGUGGUCGAUCUACUCAACGAUCUUUAUACAUGUUUUGACUCCAUCAUCGAGAACUUUGAUGUGUACAAGGUCGAGACAAUAGGGGAUGCCUACAUGGUGGUGUCCGGGUUACCGAUGCGCAAUGGUAAUCAACACGCUCGGGAGAUAGCGCGUAUGUCCUUAGCUCUUCUGAAUGCUGUCCUUACUUUCACAAUCAGGCACAGGCCUAAGGACCAGCUGAAACUAAGGAUUGGGAUGCACACAGGUCCGUGCGUUGCGGGAGUUGUGGGACUGAAGAUGCCCCGGUACUGUCUCUUCGGCGACACAGUGAACACCGCAUCCCGCAUGGAGUCAAAUGGACAAGCAUUGAAGAUCCACGUGAGUCCAUACACAAAAGAAGUGCUUGACACAUUUGGAACAUUUGAACUGGAACUUCGAGGUGAAGUGGAAAUGAAGGGAAAAGGGAAGAUGACCACGUAUUGGCUCCAGGGAGAGAAGAAGACGAGCCCAACAAAUCAGUUGGGCCUGACGCCUAACAACGUCUCUGCGCCAAUCUCCACGCCCAACUGCAACCGUCACGUAAACAGUGUUGCCAACAGCAAGCCAAAGGUGAACAGCAAAUCGACCAAUGAGAUCAGCGCCACUACUCCUCUCCUGCAAGGUGAUGGCUCCACGUAAAUGUGGCAACACUGUUGACACCGCAGACGUCCUGCGGCCCACUCUACGCUUAAUUAGACCAUGUCCGUAUUGUACAUAGAGACUGUCAUGUAGUUAACAGGGUGUCUAAAAAGACAAGUUCUCACAAAGGGUUUUCUCCGAAAUAAUAGACUCAAGUAUUCAUUACAUUCGUUAAGGACAGAGCUAUGCGAAAGAAAAGCUAAAGCUGUGAGACAAACACUAGGAACAGUACAUGUUUUACAUUUGUGACGAAUCGUGCAAAUUUUUCAUCGCUUAUAUAAAGGGAAAAAUACAUUCAAUACAGUUUUGCUAUAUGUACUCAAAUUUAUUUUUACAAGUAGAAUAUUUCAAUAAAAUUAAGAAAUACUCACAUAAAAUAAAACACUUUUUAUUCACCCUGGGUAGGUUGUAAGGCUACUGUACUCUAACGCUUUCGUUUUAACAUUAUUAGUAAUAAAGAGUAUUAUGUAAGCACUCUGUAAUGUAAGUUUCCUAGAAAGUAUAGAUUUACCAGCGCAAACGUGAUAUAACAUUGUUAUUAAAAUGUUGAGUUAAUAAAAUUAUUAAAAUUUUAAUUUCCAGUUAAGUUUUACCACUGGCAAUAUAUGGAAUUGUAUUUAAUGAAAUAAGUAAACUUUAUACGUUACGUUACGUUAUAAUCUUGUUAAUGCUUUUUGCCUGUACACGUUUUAAUUAUAAUAGAAAUUUGAAAUAAAGAGUUAUAUUUUUGUAUAAGAAUUAAAAAAUAGUUUUAUAAUAAAUUUGUAAUAAGUAAACUGGGUUUGAUCAAAAUACAUCAAUGAUCUAGACCAUAGUAACUGAUUUAUCGAGUACGUUUAUAUUCAUUUAACAAAAGAUUAAUCACAGUUUUAUGGUUACAACUAUUUGAUUUUAAUAAGACAAUUUUAAACACAUAACACAUUUAAAAUAUUAAUCGUGUUGGAAAUACAAAAUUAUAGUUAAUUAAAUUCUAUUUGUUUAAAAAAGGUAAUUUAAAAUCGAUUAUACUGUGUAAAUUGUUUUAACUCAUUAAACUCUGUAAUAACUCAUCAUAUUCAUAUUCAUACAAGUAAUUUUUUGUUAUGGUAAGCCCAACCAUGAUAUACAUAUUUAUGUCUAUACUGAAUUAUUUUUUCUUCACAUUGAACCAAAACGCACUACAAGAAAUAAAAAUAAUAUUAUUUAAACUACAUCUUAUUCUCAAAUACCAUCAUUAUAUUUAUUUGUCUAAAAUAUAUUUAAAAUCUUAUAUAUACUUAUUAUAAAACUUCAUAUUUGAAUAGUUUUAAAGUAAUGAGCAGAAUUUGUAUUUCACUUUCAAAUUAAUAUUCUGAGGUAUUAUUAAAACAUAUAUCUAUGUUUUCUAACUACUAAGCCGUUGUAUUUUUUUUGACACUAUUACGCACAAAUUACGCCCAAGGUCAAAGGUUCGAGCCUGCGUGGCAGCAUUACCUGAAAAGCCACGUAAGGUAUUGGUCUUUUGUUUCUAAUAUAUCAUACCGAAACCCGAAAAUGACGUUAAUUUUCUUUUACAUAUUUUACAUUUUACCAUGUUGCGUCUGUUCUAUCAACCAUAAAUUCGUGAGGGUCAUGUUGGUGUCGUUUUUAUUCUUGUGGUUAUAAAAUAAUAUUUUGGAUAAAUAAUAUAAAAUCUUUUAUGAAAUAGAUUUGGACAGAUGCAGUAUAUGCUAUUCUUUACCAAUGUAUUGGUUUUAAAUGGUAAAACCACUACAGUGGUGUUCCAAAUAUAUAUUUUAGAUAUUAAUUCACAUGUUUCUAAAUAAAUACAUAAAUGUUUUGUUUAAAUAUUCAAACAAGUUAAAAAUGUAACGGGUCUCUCGUUGUAUUUAUACACUGAACUCUCAUGUUGAAUGACGUAAAAAUCCAAACCCUCUAUAUCAUUGUUUCCGUCAAAAGAACAUACUCGUUGAAGGAGCUCUUCUUAUUGGGAAAACGAUGGCUUCUUUGAUGUUAUAGGUAUAUGUUCGCUUAUUACCUAGACGUAUAUUUCAAUAUUGCAUAACUCGGAUGGAUAUUAUUUAUAUCUGUUAUGAAAUCAUAGAUUUUAUCUUUUCGGUAUUUUGGUUUUACAAAAAAAAGGUCUAGGUAGAAAAAAAGGUUUAAUAACAGUUUUGAAACAAAUUAGUAAGGUUAUAUAAUAUUAUAUUAUUACUCUUAGUUCAAAUUGAUUAGUUUUAUUUGUCACGAUCGCACUUACACUAAAGGUGGAAUCGGACAUCUUCCUUUAACUCGAUGUAAAAAAUUGGAAAGUCCCUCUUAAAAUGAAAAUGACAGUUACAAUAAUCUCUCUCAUAUUAUCUAUGGAAACGUAAAUAAUACACCUCUGACAUCAGAUAGUCUUUUAAGUAGCAUCAUUAAAUCAGAAAAAGCGCUAAAUAUUUUAAUUUGUAUUGAUGAAUACUGCCAAUUUUAAAUCAAAAAUUUAAACUUUUAGCUAUAAAGAAAUUAUUUAAACAGACACAUUCGAUGAUGGAGAAGCUCUUCUUAUUGAAAUAACGUUGGCAUCUUUGAUGAUAAAAUGCCUCAUGCAAUCAAUUAAAAAAUACUUGAUAAUUGUGCGUUGCUUUUACUGUAAAAACAUAUUUCUAUUGUAAUAGGAUAAGCACGACAGACUGACUUUAUUUUUCAGCAAUAUAAAUUUUAAUAUGAUUUAAGAAACAAUUGUCAUUCAAAAUUUUGAAAAACUGUUCGCACAUUCUUGAUAUUAUUAUACGAGUAACAAAAUCUUCAUAACCUGUAAUGAUGAAUAAUAUAUGUAUAUCGUCCAUUUUAUAUAUCUAUAUGCCACAAUUAUUAUAAGUUGCUGUAACAUACAUAUUAAUUAAAAUUAUUAUACGUUAUUUAUUAAGUUUAAUUACUUUUAUUUUUAUGAGCCAUUUAACUUAAAAUGGCGUUACAAAAGAUCUAAGAAAGCCAGUGCGAUUCGAACCCGAAACCUUCCAUACUAAAUGCUCAGAUGCUAACUUCUGAACCAAGGGUUAAGGUGAUCUGUGUUUCCGUGCAAUUUACCUUUACAGUUGUUUUUGCUUAAAUAUUCUUGUAAUGUUGCAUGUAAUAUAACACAAUAUAUAAAUAAAAUAAAUAUAGUUUACAGUAAAAAAAUAAUCAAGAACAUCGAAAUUGGAAAACUAAAACACAGGCACAAUUUAUGUAAAUUCCUUUAGAGGAACCCAUCCAUAGAGAUUUGAGUACUCCGUUAUGUUUUAUAAAUCCACAUUAAAGUGUGGUCUAAAGUAUACUUAGGGUUGAUCCAUGUAAAACAAUAAAGUUAAAAUCUUUCAAUGAUAAUUUUUAUGUGCAUGAAUUUAACUGCAGUGGACUGAACUCAAAAUAAGUAGCACUAAUUGAUUUAUUCGUUGCAUAAACAAGUAUAGGUCGAAUGGUAAAGUAAUUUUCUACUUAAUCUCAAAUCACAGUAUUGAUAUAUGCGUCGUACCCAGUUAUACGACCUGAAGGACUUCCACUCUCCUGUUUUACGAGUUUGUAUCUCGUUCUCGCCUAGUAAAUGGAAUCUGUAGUUUAAUAGAGCGACUAAAGUGAAUUUCUACCAUAUUUAACUAAUUACUUAGAAACAGUGUUCCUUAAAUCUGUGUUAUUAUCAUUAUUCAGUUUUAUAUUUACUGAGUACGUUGUUUAAAUAAUGUUUUGUAAUUUGAAACUACUAUACACACAGCACAUUGAAGUUAAAAUUGUUUAUUUAUAAUCAGUUUAUUGAAAACAUAAUUUCAAAUAUUAUAUUUUGUAGCAAAUAGUUUAUGUGAAUAACAUGUUAUUUAGACUCAGGGGAAGAUUAAUUACAAUAAACAACCUGAAGAUUACGAAUAAUGUUAGGAUUAAGAACAGCUAUGGAUGUUUUCGGGUGAUAGAAAUGUACGCUGUUUAGUUUAAUUUACCGAAAAAGGCAAUAAAGUGACUUUUUAUUUACAAACAAUGCUUUAGAUUUCUAGCAACGUGUUCCUAUAAAAUAUUUUGUUCGCCCUACACAAUAGCUUGUUUAUAGUUAAUAUAUUAGAUUUUAAAAUUUUGUCUUAUAUGUAACAAAACGUAGUAAACCAGUACAAACUGAUUCUAAAACUUUCGACUAACACUGUUGAACUUCUUAGAGUAAGCCUUAUAUACUCUGUUUACUUUUUAUCAGUGAAAGUAAAAUUUUAAAAAUGACCCCAGUGACGCCACUUCACCCGAGAGAGACUUGCAACUGUGACACCGCGCCGCCAGAGUCGCGUGUACUUAUUGUAAAUUAUUGAACUGUAUCUUCACUCCUAUAAGUGUUAGCUGUUACCAGUUUAUACUCCUGAAGUGUUAGCUGUUACCAGUUUAUACUCCUGUUUAACGCGUACAUAACUUUCAAAUGUGUCUGCCAUUAGUAAACACAAUAUUGUUCGUAAUAUGAAUGACUUAGUUUUAUUUUCAGUCGUUAAGUAGUAACACAUUUCUGUAAAUAUCAUUCACUUGUAAAUGUCAUGUAAUAUCGUUGAAUAUUUAAAUUAAAUAAAUUAAAUACAUUGAAGUGUU